AUGGCAGGUGGUGGUUGUAUGCAUAGAACACGGAUACGUAACACUAGAGUUUGGUCUGUGGAUGGAUUUUGGCAAUUUGCCAUAGCGAAAAUGUUAACGAAAUUAUUUCGUUGUAUACUGCGUACUGCUAUAAUGCUUGUUUGACCAACGACAGUUUAUCAAAAACCACAAUUCGUUAUCGAUGGAUAUCAACGUGGUGAUCUUGAUCAGGGUGAAAUCGGUAAUUGUUGGUUUAUUGCUGGUGCUGGUGCUGUAACUCUUAAUCCUGAUCUUCUUCAACGUGUUGUUCCAGCUAAUCAAUCAUUUGAUGAGGAUAAUUAUUCUGGAAUUUUUCAUUUUCGUUUCUGGGUUUAUGGUCAAUGGUAUGAUGUUGUUAUUGAUGAUCAAUUACCAUUUCAUACUGAUGGACGACUUGUAUUUUGUCGUAAUAAAAAAGAUAAAAAUGAAAUGUGGGCACCAUUAUUAGAAAAAGCUUAUGCAAAAUUGUGUGGUUCAUAUGAAGCUAUGGAAGGUGGUUUUACUACAGAUGCUUUAAUUGAUAUGACUGGAGGUAUUGAAGAAGCAUUUGAAUUGAAUAGUACAGCAGCAGCAACAGCAGAUUUCAAAGAACAAAUAAAACGUGUUCUUUGGCAAGCUUAUCUACGUAAAUCAAUGCUUGGAUGUUCGAUUACUGCUGAUCCAAAAGUAACCGAAGCUAAACUUUCAAAUGGUCUUGUAAAAGGUCAUGCUUAUUCAAUAACACGAGUUGCUGAUGUUACUACUGAUGCUGGUAGUAUUACGCUUAUUCGAUGUUUAAAUCCAUGGGGAAAUGAAACUGAAUGGAAUGGAAAAUAUUCAGAUAAUUCAGAAGCAUGGGAUGCUAUCAGUGAUGAAGAAAAACAAGAAUUGGGUGUACGUGCAUUACACGAUGGAGAAUUUUGGAUUAGUUUCGAUGAUUUCUAUGCUAAUUUUCAUCAAUUACAUAUUUGUCAUCGAGGACCAGCUAGCUUAGGUACAACAGAAGAUGAUGCUGGUGUUUGUUCAUGGAACAAUUUAUUUAGGGAUGAUAAAUUAACAUGGCAAGAAGAAUUAUUACAUGGUGAAUGGGUACCCGGUUCAACAGCAGGUGGUGCAGGUCAACCAAAUAAAGAAAAAUAUUGGAUAAAUCCACAAUAUUUAGUUCGAUUAAAUUUUAUUGAUGAGGGUGAUGAUGAAAAUUUAUGUACAAUGAUUAUUGCUUUAAUGCAAAAAGGAACACGACAACGUCGUAUAGAAGGUCUUGAAGGUGAAGAUUAUGUACAAUUUCGUGUUUUUAAAGUAAGAAGUUUAUAUUGUUGA